CAGGGCGAAGAGCAGGUUCAUCAGCACCUCGCGCCCGGCCCAGCUGUCGCUCCGGGACAGGCAGUAGAGGGUGCCCAGCAGCCAGGGGAUGCCGUGCCCCGAGAUCUCCAGCAGCUUCAUCAGGGGCCGCACGCUGCCCCACGCCGAGCUCUCCCCGGCGCACACCCCCAGCCUCUUGGACAGCCACAGGUCGAUGGCCAGUAGGGAGCGCAGGGCGAUGCCCAGGAAGGACGGGUUCAAGUCCAUGAGGUCCUCCUCGGGCAGCGGGGCCGGGGGCGCCGGCGCGGAGCCCGCGGCGGGCAGCGGGAAGGAGCCGCGCCGGUGCACCGGGCUCUCGGACGCGCGGAGCCGGGCGCAGAUUUCUUGCCCUGGAGUGUUUCUGCAGGACAAGCAGGAUGUGUACCUCGGCAUCUACCUCUUGAAUCAAUACCGGGAGACCGACUGCUUUCCGUCUGUGUUCCCCAUCGUGAUGCAGCAAGGCAUGACAUUUGAAAAGGUAUUUGAAAAUGCAAUAGAUCCUGGAGCUGUAGCAGAACUUUUAGAAAGCUUCCUAACCAGGUUUGAAUUAAUACAGUUAGUACCUCCAGCAUGGGCAGAAUUGGCCUACUAUGAGGAAAACACACGAGAUUUUCUUUUCCCUGAACCUAAGCUGAGACCUUUACACCCAGGAAUACAUAGGGAGUUACUCAUGAAGACGGCUAUAGGAUUCCCAGGCAUUGCUCCCAAACUAGAAUUUUCUACAAGGACAGCCAUCCGAGAAUGUGUAUUUCCUCAUAGAAACAGAUUUCUUGAUGAAGAAUAUAACCCACAAAAGCCUUCAUCUAACUCAUAUGGACAGAUACCCCCCUUAAAGAAUAAAAAGAAGAAAUCAAAGAAGAAUCAUGACAGACUACGUAAAGGCAUGCAGUCCCGGGCACCCUCUCCAUAUUUCACCAGGCGUUUCCUCCUGGAGCAGCCGACUCAAUUGGACUUUGGCAAUCACUUCAGAUUCCCUGAAGAUAGAAAACCUCCAUUUGUGGUUAGACAUGUGGACAGUGCAAACCCCUUUGGUGAAGAUAAUUUGGAGCAUCAUUUGUUGACGUCUCAGAGAAAAUCUAAAUUUUCAGACUUUCUGUUUCCAAUGAGAAGAGCUUCUUCUCUUGACAGCUUUGCAACGAACGUAAAGGUUAUUAGAGAGCCAGAUGAACGGAUUGUUUUAAAGAAAGACUCACAGUCAUCUGUAGAGUCAAGUAAAUGGGAUAUGUUCUCACUCAGAAACCAAGGAGAUGUUGAUUUCCACCGAAAAACCUCACUGGCUACCUCCCCAUACUCCAGAUCCUCCAGCCCCGUGGAUCAGCCUUUUCAAGAAAGGUUUCAUUGCAGUUCUCACUCCACGUGGAAGAAGAUCCAUGAGAGGGUCUGCAGUCUUCUCAUGUCGCACAGAGCUCAGCAUCACCUGAAGGAAGAUCAUAUGUCUGAAGGAACUUAUGACUUUGAAAGAUCAAGCUGCCCUCUGGAUAAAUGUCUAGUACAUGAACAGAGAUAUUUUUAACUGCUGUCUUAUUGCCAGAUGUUGUAUGUGAUGUUUCAGAUGUCACAAAGGAAAAAUGAAUGAAACGUUGAAGGACUACCAAGAAGAGCGCACUCAUCAGGAUCACUGAAAGAUACAUCCUUGGAGAAGUGACGAGUCAUCUUUGUUGUCUGUAUUGAGUUGCCUGUGCCUAAUCUCUGUUAAACCAAAUCCAAUAUUCAGUCUUGUGUGCCCAGGUAAGAAUUGUUGAUUAAACUUUUGCUGUUUGGGACUCACAAUUUUUUUUAAUCAUCUGGAAAAUUAGUGUUUUGUUUUGAUCCGGAAAUAGGAAAUAAUAGUUGGGUCUCAGGGGCUUUUCUAUUUAUUUGGAAAGCACAUUUUAGAAUUCA